GGUGUACAGAUAUGUAUGUUGCGUCACAUCUUAUCUCUAGAUCUAACGGUCACUUUAUUCAUAUUCUGGGUAGCCAUCACAACCAUGAUUUCCUGUCUCUGUGUCCUCUUGUUAUUCUUGCUGUCCAGUGUUAUAAGUGCAGAUCCAUGUACAAGCCACAAACUGCUAAGCGGACAGUACAAACGCUCUAGUGGCUAUAGGCUACAGCCAUCAGAUGUUGCUAUCAGUGAUAACUUCUUAAACUCGGGAUGGUACCGGUUUCACAGUGGAGCAGGAGAUGAUAUGGUGGGGUCGGCGCCUUUAGUAAGCGAGUGUGGAACGAUUUAUCCUAUUUGGAUGCAAGGAACAUUGCCUUCAGAUGCUGAUGGGGAGGUAACCAGAACAGCUUGUAUAGUGGGACUGUUUAAUACAUGUGGCUCGACAUUAUCAAUAAAAGUGAAGAGUUGUGGGGGAUACAGAGUGUAUUAUCUUGUGCCGCCUCCUCAGACCUCCACUGGCUACUGUAUAGGAGAAGGAUCCCCGUGUCCAGCAGGACAAUCGUCAAGCACCGGAUUCACACCUUGUCAAGCCAAUACACCCGUAAACACAGACCCUAGAGUAAAUGUGUCAUUGGAAAACGGCGAUCUGUUUCCUAACGCACCAAUGUUCCGACCUGUUGAGGCAGUUUUUCAAUGCCAGCACCCCGAGCCUAGUGGCGGUCCGUACUGGUAUGAUACUUAUUGGUACAUCAACAAUGACGAGGUGAAAGUCGUGGAAAAUCGACCCUACCAGGACAAUCAGAGCUGGCUCUACCCAAGAGACUGGGUCCAUAAAUACAACAUGAACAUGGUGGUGAAGUGUUCAGUGAGGGUACGGCAAUCGGACGGCGGGACGCCUGGUCACCACAACUACAGUCAGGACUUCCAAGCAGGGAUGUUUCCUGCGUCUUCCACGUACACCGUCAAAGAAGGCGAGACAAUUUCAAUUGAGUUUACUGUUACUGUUCCUAUGGGAUGUUUUGACAUAAAUAGACAGCAGAUGUGUAAAAACCGCAUUUACGUACUUACUCCAGAAUACCAGUCCGCUGUAGGUUCAUGUCAAAACUACACAGGACAAGGGGGAGUAUCAUUUGAAGAAAAUGAAUGCGGAAUUUUAAUCGAAAGUUCUACAUGGUGGCACAAGAAAAUAUUAAAUGUUACUGGAAAGCCAGACGGACUUAUCAAUGCAAGGGAUCGGGAUACAAACAUCAGACUAGGAACUCAGACUUUUAGUGCAGAGGAUCCGUCAGGUGUCUGGUUUAAUUUCACCAUGCCCGAUAUCAAGAUCCACCUUUAUGAUGUUGACAAGAACAUAGCCAAUAAGCUUUGCUAUGCUAGGACCGAUCCUAGGAUGGACACGUUUGAUGAGAAAUACUGGACGGCACAACUGGCUGGCGAAUUCAUUAUGUACAGAGAUGUCAGGAACAAAAUAGCUGUCCAUGCCCUGUUUUCCUCCUGUACCUGGCCAUGGUGGUUGGGUCAGGGACCCUGCGGGUGUGGUAUCGCUGUCAGGUUUGAGGAUUCUCUCUUCGUAUACCGCACAUGUCAGGAGAUUUCCUACCGGUACGCCACACCUCUCAUCCAUCAUGAUACCGUGUAUCAUAUAUGUGACAAUCGACACAUGGUGGUGGAUAUCGGGAACCCGUGGACGAAGAUCACGCUACCCACUGGAGCAAUAGUGGAGUACAGGGUAGGCCGUAACUGGUUGUAUAAUAUCCACAUCACACCCUCAAUAUUUGAUGAGAACAAUGUGGAUGGACUGUGUGGGAACCCUAAUGACGACAAGACUGACGACUUCACACCCCGGGGAUCCUCCUCAUCGACCACCGAUAAAAACGUAUUCCAGUCCAGCUGGAGAGUUGAUAUAAAUUCUUCAGAGAGUCUCUUUGGGCCAAAUCCAGCAUUAAAUAGCAGUGACUUCGAGCUUCAGAAAUAUUGCGAAUGUGCAACAGAAAUGUCUAGUUACUUAGAUUCGCUCUCCAAUCACUACACUGUAAACUGUUCCAUUGCUGCAAAGUCAGUUGUGUGUUCCGAGGAUUCUACGUCAGAAAGUUUCACGUCUACAUGUGACAGACACAAACACCGAUACAAACGUGAAAUCAACCCAGACUCUGAUGACGUCAAAGAGACACAGAGUCUUACAGUAGAUCCCCAGUUCGAUUUCAAUUUUACUCCCCCGACCCCAACAUGGAAGAACGGUUGGACCGAGUCGGCCGCUCGUACGCAUUGUGAGAAUGCUAUAUUCGGUAAUCAAGCUGUAGUAGAAUGCCAGAAAUACAUCGCCAUGGAGAACAAAACCAACGGGGCGGUAGAAGACUGUAUCCUAGACAUACGGGAUGCUGGGACAACAGAAUUUGUCAGCUACACCGUUGAAUCACUUAACCGCGUUUGUUUUGAGCAAAUAAAGAAAUAUGAGGUUUUCUAUACAACAAAUGGUACGCAAUCAGAAUCAGUGAUCGACAUAAUCGGGAAAAUGGUCUGUCCAGAAAACUGCUCAGCCAAUGGUGUCUGUAGCGCAGGUGUAUGCAUUUGUAGUAGUUCCUUUGUUGGCGUCGAUUGUUCACAUGCAAAAGCAUCCCCACCUGUCAACACCACGUUACCGGAAAAAGGACUGUGCAAAUCUAAUAAAAGGGCAUGCGCCAAAACAAACAUUUACGGAUAUUUUCAGUCUGACGUUGUCCAUGUUAAAUUUGUGCUUUUUGAGAUAACAGGUUCAGGAAAGUCAUCCCCUAUCUCGACACACACUACUCAGGCAACAUACGUAAGCUCCACUAUUAUAAAAGCCGAUUUUCCAACGAGUUCUCGAAGAAAACGAUCAGCUUCCCUCUUUGGCAGUGGCUUUGAUAUUAGCUUGUCCUAUGACGGAACAAACUUUGGGGAUACCAUGCCACUUGUUAUAUUCAAUGACGAAUGUUACAUCUGUAGUGCUGUGACCCUUGAAUGCAACUUAACGACUUCUUGUUCGGAUUCCACCACAUCUGAAACAUCGACUGAUGCCGGACCCAUCACCACGAUGCCCUCUGGAGGUCAGAGUUCACAGCAUCCAGUAGGCGGAGGGACAAAGCCUAGAACAACACCCAUACCCAAUGUUGAUAUAGAAGAGGAUGUACCUCUCGGCCUUAUGGUUGCACCCUGUGUUCUCCUUGCCCUAAUCCUGAUCAUUGUCAGCAUGCUACUGUUUAUGAAACUGCGGCCCAAUUCCAGGCCUAGCCCAUCGUUCCCUGGAUCUGAUACUGUAGAGUGUGGCCAGCCACCAGUCCAGCAUGGCCGCCCUCUCUCACCACCCCCUCAAUACGAUUCAAUCAACCCCGGACCACACACUGAAAAAGCACACUCGGAAAAGAGGCCACAGACACCCUCUGCGAUUACCAUGGAAUUCCUUAAAAUGCCAAACACCCCAGCUGAAAAUGGUUAACGUUUAAGGAAUGUAUUAAAAAUUAGUUAUGUGAAAUGAAUUCAAAUUUUUUGAAGUUUAUUUUCCGUGUAUAAAAGGUUUAUUUGACUCUGGUGUUCGAAAGUGUAAAAGAUAUGUAAUUUAUUAUAUUGCUUUGCAACUAAACGAUGGGAUUAUUUUCUUUUACUUUGUUUUGAAUUGCAAUUUUGCUACUUCGUUUUAAUCCUUGAAACUUUAUUUUCUCCAAAAUUGCAUAAUUGUUUGCUUAUGUUACUUGUCAAAAUCAAGUCAGAUGCGUAGAGUGCAAAAGGGGCUAAACGAUUGUAGCUGAUGUAUACACAGCGUAGUAAAAUACAGACUUUUCAAACAACAUUUUUAAAAAUAGACUGAAAUAGUACAAUAUGAAUUGUUUGAUGCUAAUAGAAAUAGUACAAUAUGAAUUGUUUGAUGCUAAUAGAAAUAGUACAAUAUGAAUUGUUUGAUGCUAAUAGAAAUAGUACAAUAUGAAUUGUUUGAUGCUAAUAGAAAUAGUACAAUAUGAAUUGUUUGAUGCUAAUAGAAAUAGUACAAUAUGAAUUGUUUGAUGCUAAUAGAAAUAGUACAAUAUGAAUUGUUUGAUGCUAAUAGAAAUAGUACAAUAUGAAUUGUUUGAUGCUAAUAGAAAUAGUACAAUAUGAAUUGUUUGAUGCUAAUAAAAAGCUGUGUUAUAAUAUAAAAACAAUAGAUUACGUCUACUCGUACAUGUACUACCUCAUGGACACGUCUCCGUACAUACCAAUCUAAUAAGGGGAAUAACUUUUUUAAAAAUCAUGCAUGUAAACACCCUAGAUGAAUUUUACACUGCUGAUAGGUCAUCGUGAUUUUGAUAGAAACCUACAUAGCAAUGUGAGUGCGUAUAUUGAUUGAUCUCCUCUCCAAUUUAAGGUUACGUGUUUUCGAUUUAAGCUUCAGUAUAUUUAUAACAUAUCGACUAUGGAUGUGCCCAGGAUAUAUAUCCUUUUUUGUGUGUUUUUCAAUGUCGUUUAUUGGACCACUGGUCAUGCAUACCUAAUGAAUGUAACUCGAAGACGUGUUUGGAACUUCUGUCUAUAACUAUGGAGAAACUUUGGUUUUUCCAUUACAUGUACUUAUUCAUAAACUAAAUGAUACUUGAUUCCUGGUGCCAUUUGUCAUGUUAUAUUUACUCUUUAAUCCUGUGAUAAAAUGCAUCAGAGAAUAUUGACAAUAUCCAUGUAAUCUGUGGUGAUUAUAUCUUCCAACAGUCUGUUAGAAUUUCUAUUGAAAUCAACGGUUUUUCAUUUUCAAAUGAAAUCAGCUUUGUUUAAAGUCCGCAUUUCACUAAUUGUAUGAUAAUUAUGAUGACCUAAUUUUCAAAUAAAAACUAUCACUGGAAUGAA